CUGCGUUAUUACCCAUCGCUUCAUUUUCUCAAAAGUUCAUAUCUAUUAUUCCAUUUUCUGGGUUCCCGUUCAAAAACCUAGAAAAAGAAGCGACUUUUGAGGGAGAAAUAUGGCUCCUCCUACAAGAAUAGGACUUGCUGGUUUGGCUGUUAUGGGCCAAAAUCUUGCACUUAACAUUGCUGAGAAAGGCUUCCCUAUCUCUGUUUAUAACAGAACGACCUCCAAAGUCGAUGAGACUGUUGAAAGAGCUAAACAGGAAGGCGAUUUGCCUGUAUUUGGUUUCCAUGAUCCUGAAUCUUUUGUUCAGUCAAUUCAGAAACCUCGAGUGAUAAUCAUGCUUGUUAAGGCAGGUGCUCCCGUUGACCAAACCAUUAAGACUCUCUCUGCAUACAUGGAGAAAGGUGAUUGUAUUAUUGAUGGUGGCAAUGAGUGGUAUGAAAACACGGAAAGACGAGAGAAAGAGAUGUCUCAACUAGGUUUGUUAUACCUUGGAAUGGGAGUUUCAGGUGGUGAAGAAGGUGCACGACGUGGUCCCUCUUUGAUGCCUGGAGGGUCCUUUGAAGCUUACAAAAACAUUGAAGACAUUCUGCUUAAGGUUGCAGCUCAAGUCCCAGAUAGUGGCCCCUGUGUGACUUACAUUGGCAAAGGCGGAUCUGGUAAUUUUGUCAAGAUGGUUCAUAAUGGAAUCGAAUAUGGUGAUAUGCAGCUGAUUGCAGAGGCUUAUGAUGUGCUAAAAUCUGUUGGAAAUUUAUCGAAUGAAGAACUUAAAAGUGUUUUCUCAGAAUGGAACAAGGGGGAGCUUUUGAGCUUCUUGAUUGAAAUCACUGCUGAUAUUUUCGGAAUUAAGGAUGACAAGGGAGAUGGUUAUUUAGUUGAUAAGGUUUUGGACAAAACUGGCAUGAAGGGUACCGGUAAAUGGACCGUACAACAAGCGGCCGAUUUGUCUGUUGCGGCUCCAACCAUUGCAGCAUCUUUGGAUUCAAGGUUCCUCAGUGGAUUGAAGGAUGAAAGAGUUGAAGCUGCUAAAGUCUUCAAAUCAGGAGGUUUCAGUGAUGUCUUGACUGACCAAACUGUGGACAAGUCGAAAUUAAUCGAUGACGUAAGGCAAGCGCUUUAUGCAUCCAAGAUUUGUAGUUACGCUCAAGGCAUGAAUCUCAUUCGUGCGAAAAGCAUCGAGAAAGGUUGGGAUUUGAAGUUGGGAGAACUGGCUAGGAUAUGGAAGGGUGGUUGCAUCAUCAGAGCUAUUUUUCUCGACAGAAUCAAGAAGGCUUAUGAUAGAAAUGCAAAUCUUGCAAACCUUCUGGUUGAUCCGGAGUUUGCAAAGGAAAUCAUUGACAGACAAUCUGCUUGGAGAAGAGUUGUUUGUCUCGCCAUCAAUUCGGGUAUUAGCACUCCUGGCAUGUCAUCCAGUCUGUCUUAUUUCGACACAUACAGGAGGGAGCGAGUCCCAGCUAAUUUGGUUCAGGCUCAACGAGAUUAUUUUGGUGCACAUACUUAUGAAAGGGUUGAUAUGGAGGGAUCUUUCCACACUGAAUGGUUCAAGAUAGCCAAACAGCUUAAGAAUUAAGUCUACUCCAAGGUACACUCUAAAAGUCUGAAUAAGUGUAAUAACAUUUCCUCUGGACUUCAUGGACUCAGACUGAGCCAUGCCAUGGUGUUGUCCCUAGAAUUGAUUUCGGCUUCAUUUCUCAAAUCCAGCUGAGAAUUAGACCGUCUCUUAAUAUGUUUGUUGUGUUUUCUGCUGCUUGUGUUGUUUCUCGACUCCAGUACGAGUCAAGUUUGUCACUUAAAAAUAUUUUUACUUUUAAAAUAUUUUAUAUUUUAUAAUUAUU